UCGAGAAAAACACAAAUGAAGAAAUCACCAUUAUUAAAAGCUUGCAGAACCCCAGUAAAAUUCGAAGAACCCAAAUGAAAUGAAAUUCGAAGCAAUCGGCGAUUGCGGCAAAUGAGGUCGCUGAUUUUUCUGAUAUUUCGUUCAUUGUCUGCAUUUUUUUUUUCUGAUUUUUGGGCGAUUGCUGCAAAUGUCGUUCCCCCCCCCCCCUUCCCUGAAUUUUUCGAAUUUGCUUGAAUCUUUUCUCAUUUAUUAAGUCUUUUUGAGAAUCGAUUAGCUUAGAUGUCAAAAAUGUAUGUCGUUCUGUAAAUAAUCAAUAGAAUUUUUUUCGAUUUUUAGCCUUCAUUCUUGGCAAGUGAUUUUCAAUUUCUGAAACUAGGGUUUUAAGAUUUCAACUUGUGGAAGACAAAGACGAUGAACUAUAAAAACCCAUUUAAAAACACUUUGAAUUAAAAUUACGUGUAUUUCGUGGCGGACGAGAUCGCCGGUGGCGAUGUAGGGCACGACGACGAGCUUGGAGAGGCGAGCAGCGUGGCUGAGUUGUUGCGUCGAAUUUCCAAUCAAUAUCUGAAAGAGAGUUUUUGGAGAGGCGGGCAGCAGAAAACCUGGAAGAGAGUUCUUCAAUUUCGGAUUCACUGGAGGCAAGCACCGAAGAGAGUUCUUCAAUUCCCACUAACUUCUUCAAUUUCGGAUUCUACUGGAGGCAAGCACCUUCAACAGUUCUUGAAUUUCUUAUCUAUGAUUUGGUAUUUUUUUCCUCAAACCACCGCUAUUAUGUUUAGAGUGCCACAUAAGUAUUUUUUUUAUUUUCUUUUAAUAUUUAUAUUGCUGGCAAUUCCAAGUAUUUUUUAUAAUUCCACGUAAUAGUUUCCAGUGUUCCACGUCAUCUUCCGGGCGCCGAAAAUUUUUAAAGAGAUACAAUUAAAAAAAUGUUGAUAGAUUGGGUGUCAAUUAGAUGUUAUCGAAAGAUUGGGAAAUAAUCGAUAAUUCAGCUAAACGAUGGGACAUAAAGUGACAUUUAUCUUAUUUUAUUUAAUUUAUUAGUUUCGAAAUAUACAUAGCCCAUAAAAUAUAUUCAUAAGCCCAACAUUAGAACAGUUUAUACAGUUAGAAACCCCAAAUAUUGGGCCCGAUUUCGCUGGAAUUCGAAUGUCUGAAAGCCCGAAGAAUAGGCUAACUCAUAUAAAACCAGAAAAAGCCCUAACUGCACCUUGAGAUUUUUUCCCCUGAAUUAAAUUAAGAAACCUUAGAAAAGUGAAUAGAAUUUGCACCGGUAGACCAGAAAUAUGGAGAUGUCGAACGAUUUCGAUCGCCUUCUUUUCUUCGAGCACACUCGCAGAACCGCUGAAGCAAUCUACGCGAAAAACCCUCAUGACGCCGAGAAUCUAACAAAAUGGGGAGGUGUGUUGUUGGAGUUAUCGCAGUUUCAGAAUGGUCCGGAGUCAAAGCAGAUGGUCCAAGAUGCUAUUGACAAGCUGGAAAAAGCACUGGUUGUUGACCCUAGAAAGCAUGACGCACUCUGGUGCCUUGGGAAUGCAUAUACAUCUAGUGCAUUUCUGAUUCCUGAGCUCGAGGAGGCUAAAGUUUACUUCGAUAAAGCAGCUCAGUACUUUGAGCAAGCAGUUGAACUGGAACCAACAAAUGAACUUUAUCAGAAAUCCUUAGAAGUAACCAGCAAGGCGCCUGGGUUACACGUGGAGAUCCACAAGCAUGGCCUGGGUGAGCAGGUUAUGGCAGGCGGACCUUCAUCAUCAUCUACCAGCACUAAGCAGCAGAGUACAAAGAAGAGCAAAAGUAGUGAUCUCAAGUAUGACAUAUUUGGAUGGAUAAUCCUUGCAGUUGGUAUCGUUGCAUGGGUUGGAUUUGCAAAGUCGAACAUGCCCCCACCUCCUCCUCCAAGAUAAGCAGUUUGCUUCAUCUUGGCUGGGCCCUGCCAAGAGGUACUUAGCUCUAAUAGAUGGGACACUAGGGAAUAGAAGCUUAUGCGCCUUUCCGUUAAAAUUUUGACAAGUUCGUUAUUUUUAUGCAACUCAUCAGGCAACAUAAUCUCUGCACUUGUUUUUUGCUUCAUCAUUCCUUUGCGUUUGUUCUUAGAAUUGCCAGAGUUAUAAUAGUUGUAUUUGUUACAUCUUGGCAGACUUUGAUUGAUCUUGUUCAUUCUUGCUUUUUA